AUCUAUGUUACUCUGCAGUGGUGUUGUGCCCUGUUAGGUGUCCAGAGGAGAGAGAUAAUCCUCGGGGAUCCUUGCCAGAUCAAGGGGCAGCAGAGUUGAGAUCACUUUGGUUCUGUUAUGUGCAGGCUGAUGUCACGACUCUCUCAGGUGCCUGAGGAGGUUCCCUAAGCAUACAAGAACACCACCUGAGGAGAGAAAGCUGCAUGGGGUCUGCUGGGGUGCUUCCUGUGGGACAGGGAGUAGAGCCAGGGAGCUCCCUCAGGGAUGGCAGCCUGACACAGCACCCAGCCUGAGUACCUGGGUCUCUUCCUCUUUUUUCAGUCCAAAAUGGUGCUGCUUUUCCUCUGAGGUAUGUGCUAUCCACUCUUUUUAUCUAUUCAGACUGGUGUGUUUAGUAUCUACACCUGGAAAUACAACAGUCCUGCAUACCUUGUGUUUUUCUGUUCAUUCCCGGUUCAUCCUGUGUGGGGUUUUCCAGGCAGAUGCUUAUUGCAUUAUCAUUCAUGCUUCUUUUGUACCUGUGUCUAACACUACACCUUACACAAAGGAAAUGUAGUUUGUUACACAAAAAACACAGCAUGCACUGAAGUGGUGGCUUGAUUCACACAUUUGGGAGGGAGUGUAAGUUCCCUUUGCACUGCUGAGAUUUGUCUCCAGUUACCAAAUGCCUGGAAUUAAUCAAGUGUAGCUGCAGCUUUCAUGUUAACUUCCUUGGAGAAAGGGCUGACGAGAAAGCCAUUUUCCUAACCCAAACUGGGGUUCUGGCUUUAAAGGCAUGGAGAUCCAGGGAAGUUGUCCAUGGACAGUCCAAGGCAAGCUCUCAUCUGCAAUCCAUGCUAUGCUUCAGCCUCCCUCAGUCACUGUGUAGUGAUGAUGCUUCACACACAGGCUGAUAAAAUAAUGAGAUGCUUUCUCCAGUUGCUCUCCCUGCUUUGGCCUUAGCUAGGAAUAUGGACAAAAUCUUUUUUUUUUGUCAGAUAUUAAGUAUUUGAAAACCUUGCUUCUAGUCCUCUAGCUUUAAAUAUUAUGUCUUUUUGAGAUUUUACUAAAACCACACCCCACCUUUUUGCAAAAGGCCCAAGGUAAAAAACUUCACGCUCGCCUUGGAAAAGCGCCGGCUUUCAGCGUGAAAGCUGGGACUGUUCCUUUAAACACAACCCCAAUAUGUCUGGGUAUUUCAGCACAUAUGGGCCACGAUGGUUAAACCCUACCCAGCUGGUCCGGCCGUUCUGCCGCGCAGCUCCGUCUUUGUUCGUGGCUCAAAGGGAGGGUGGUGAGAGACGGAGCAAGCUGUGAGUGCUGCGGGUUGCCAUCCUGCAAGGGCGGGCUGCGGCCGAGCGGGAGGAGCGGGCAUGUCCCGCCCGAGGGGACAGGAGCUUUGCGAGACAUUCUCCAUGGGGGAGAUGAUGUCCUUGGAAGCAGGAACUCGAAGGAGCCUUUAAACCGCCCGCAGGCACUUUGUUCUCUAUUUUCUGCCCUUCUCUCCCUUCCCCCUCCUGCCUUUUGUUGUUUCUCAGGCUGGCUCUAACACAAGUCCCCUCAUCCCAACCAUCCCCCAUGGGGACAGCCCCUUUCAGAGGAUGGCGUGGAUUCCUGCAAACGCAGGGAUGUGGAGUGGAAAGGCUCUGGUGCAGAAUAUUCUUUGCCAGGGAAAGAUGAGAGGUUUCCUUCCCUUUGGAGGCCCAGAACCACCCCGGGGUGGUGGCAGUUUCGUGGGGGUUCGGUGUCGGUGCUGUUGGUGACUGGGGCAUCUCUGGAGCUGGGGCUCUGUGAGCUUGGGUGGGUGGCCGAUGCUCAGCCAGGGCAGGGGCUCAUGUCCUGCUCUCUUGCCAGGCAGGGGGGUGCUGGUGGGAUGCUCCUGAUCUCUGGCUGCCCCCAGGAAGCCCCUGCCACCCGUGUAGCACUGUGCAGGGCAGAGGGGCUUUGCUUCGGUUCCUUUUUUCUUCCUCAUGUGCAGCCUAAAUACCUUCUUAAUUUCAUCUCAUUAUUUCCUGCCUAAAUAAUUCCUGUUUCUCCUGGGGACCGUUUUUAAACCUUUGAUCUUCUCUGAAGUCUCACAGUCCUGAUCACAUCCUUUCUGUUUAAAUGAAUCAAAUGCCUUUUUGACUCAUGAUUUAUAAAUUUGCCCACAGAGGAACAGAGGCACACCUUGAAAUCACCCACUGUGUCUGUGGCUGGAGCAGAAGUACCCUGGGCUUAUCUAGAGCACCUUCCAGCCAGACCUCCGUGCCUGGCUCCUCUGCUUCCCUGCUGCAUGUCACUCUCUCCUGCCUCCCUCCACCCUCCCACCCGACUCUUCAGCUGACAGCCUGGGCUCAGGCCCAGCCUGGAAUGGCCAUCCCCGGGUCAGGAGAAGGGUGAAUGUGCCGGUGGUUGAUGGAUGCUGUCCCUUGGGAGUGGGGCACAGCUGCUGUGCUGCAUGGCCUGGCCCCCCAUCUCCCGGGGAUUGCGGAUGCAGAGCACAGCUAAGGGCAGGGGGAGGAGCAGCUGUGCAGGGACUGGUGUCCUGGGCACUGGCUUGGUGCUGAGGCAGUGGUGGAAAGGCUGGAAGACUGCGGGUGUUGGCGAAGAUGGAUGUGAUGAGGGUAAACAUGUUGCUCCGUAGUGCAGCGAUGCAGAAGUUGGGGAGCACUUUGUUCCUGAGCCCAGGGGAUGGGGGCUGGGAGGGCUGAGCACUCCUCCUGGAUGAACCAGGGUUGUGGCGAUGGAAAAUACCCAGGAGAGGUCCCUGUGCCGUGGCCAGACCUCACCUGCAUCUGUGCUGUAUGGGCCCACACUUGUUGACAAGGACAGACCUCCUCUCCAAGCCAUUAGGGAAGCAGCUAAUUAAGCUCUGCAGUGUUCCUGGGAGGUCAGCAGGAGAUACGCCAGCAUUGCAGCAUCUCCCAGAGCCUGCACUGGGGCAGGAUCUUCCCACAGUGCCCAGGGACAGGGGGAGCUGCCCUGCUCCUCCUCAUUCCAUUGUGCUCUUGGUCCUGGUGCUGGAGGGGUGACACAGUGCUCGAUGCCCCAGGACAGAACCCAAUGUUCCCUGCCUCAGCUGGGCUUAGGAUAGAGGGCUCCUGGCUGGGAUAUCCCACAGCUCCCAGCAGCCCUCGGCAUGGCUCCAGCAAGGCUGGGCAGAGGGGAGAGAGCCUGUACAAAUAUUAUUGUUGUUGUUAUUCCCCAUAAAUAUAUGCAGGCACUUAACGACCUUGGCAUGGAGCAUUUCCUGGGGAUUCAUGACCAGUGGGUGUUAAUGGUCUUUAGCUGCACCUCAGGCCAUCAGCUCCUCCCAGCCCAUCAUUAAUCCACAGGAAAUGUCUCGGGCAUCGAUCCUCAUUGCUUAAUUAAUAAAUGCAACUUGUCUCCUGCCUGAGAUUUAGAGAUACUCGCUGCUUCUCUCCCUGCUGCUUUGAAGGUGACUUUUUAGCACAGGUCCCUCACGCUGGGAGGCCCUCGUGGGAUUUUGUUUCCUGGCAUUCAUGUGGGUGUGGGCUGUGGCAGCAGGAAAGUCUUUUCUCUCCUGGGCGGGAGGGAAGGAACUGAGCUGCUGUUGGGUUUGGGGUUUCUCCAGCUAAUGUGGCACAGCACAAGGAGCACAUCUUUCCCUCCAAACCCAAAGGCUUGCUUACCUUCAGCUGAGUGCAUCCAAGAGCCUGGGCGAGAAGUGAGCCAGCAUGGAAGAACGUGGCAAUUCUCCAAGGCCUUAGCAGGUUCUGUAAUAAUCGAUGUUUUUUGCCCAUGAGUCACAAUUCAUCUCUAAUCUUCCUCGGGGGAGGUGGGAUUUGCUAUCUUUAGUGCUCACGACUGCUGCUUUCCCGGGCUGAGCAUCCCGCUGAGCCUGGACUCCUGCUGCAGGGAUGCUGACCUGGCAGCCAGCUGCCUUUCAAUCCUGCUCCCUGUUUCUGUAGCCCUCACCACCAGCUGGCUUUGUGCAGUGGGUGCCGCAGUAUAAAUCAUGUUAAUUCCUGAGAUGCUUUUCCGCGGUAAGUCUGAAAUUCCCAUUUUGGUUCGCUGGCUUGCCUGGCGAACUAAAUUAUUUUCAUAGCCCCUUAAGGGCAUAUUGUCAGCCCAGACUUAUUGCCGUUAUACACCAUUUCUGAAACAUUAAUAUCUCUUCUAAAUAUAGUGUAUUGACAAGGUAUCUGGUAUAGUGUAAAUCCUUGGGACAUUUGAUCCAGAUCAUUAAAACUGAGUGAAGGAAGGGAGGAAUAGAUCAAGUUACCUUGCUGCUCUUAAUUCAAACAAGCGAUGAAUUAUUCAUUCUGCUAUUAAUUCUACAGUCCUCCUGCUUUUUAUUUAUUUCGCUCUUUAUUUAUUUUUUUCCUCCCAGAUAGGCAGCUCCAAAAGGAUGCUCGGGCACUGGUGAGGGGAGAUUUGCCUGCUGGAGGAUGGGGUGCACAGGGCUGGGCUGUCUGGCAGCGCUGGCCGUGCUCUGCGGGGCUCUCGGGGAUGCUCCCAGCAGAGGCAUCAAAUGUGGGGGAGUACUUUCAGCACCCUCCGGCAAUUUCUCCAGCCCCAACUUCCCGGGGCUGUAUCCCUACGAGACAGAGUGCACGUGGCUCAUCGUGGUGGCCGAGGGCUCCUCCGUCCUGCUCUCCUUCAGCCACUUCGAGCUGGAGUACCACGACACCUGCGCCUACGACUACCUCCAGGUCUACAACGGGGCUGCCCGGGACCGAGGCAACCUCCUGGGCACCUUCUGUGGCCACAGCCCCCCGCCACCCUUCUCCUCCGCCUGGCACGUCAUGGCCGUGGUCUUCCGCUCCGACCGGCACGUGGCCAAGCAUGGCUUCGCCGCUGCCUACAGGAAAGAUGCCUGUGGUGGGCAGCUGACUGGGCUCUCUGGGGAGAUCACCAGCCCCCGCUACCCCGAGAGUUACCCCAACGAUGCCGAGUGCCGCUGGAGCAUCGGGGGGGCCAGUGGUGGUGGCCCCCUCACCCUGGUGUUCGCUGACUUCCAGAUGGAGGGGGGCCAAGGCUGUGGCUUUGACUACGUGGCCCUUUUUGAUGGCCCCACUGUCACUGCCCCCAGCCUGGGGCGUUACUGUGGCAGCGCCCGCCCACCCCGCACCGUGUCCUCCACCCCACACCUCCUCAUCAUCUUCAAGUCGGACUUCAACAUCGGUGGCAGGGGCUUCAAGGCCCAUUUCUACUCAGGCGAGUGCCAGGAGGUGUUCACCAGCAUCAAAGGGAAUUUCUCCAGCCCUCAGUACCCCAACUUCUACCCCAACAACCUCAAGUGCCAGUGGAGCAUCCAGCUGCCCCCGGGCUAUCGGGUCAAGGUCUUCUUCCUGGACAUGGAGCUGGAGGGCCGGAGCAGCCUGACGGGUGGCUGUGACUAUGACCACUUGUCUGCCUUUGAUGGUGGCACCGAGAAUGGAUCCCUGCUGGGCCGGUGGUGUGGGCGGGAGAGCCUGGCACCCGUCACCUCCCGCAGCAACCGGCUGCUCCUGCUCCUCCACACCGACCGCAACACGGCCAAGAGGGGCUUCUCCAUCUCCUACGUGGGAGUUGUACCCAUGAAUGUCAGCUGCACCCGGACAGACUUCCACAUCCAGAUCCCUGUGCAGUCCCUGGCCCAGCUGGAGAGGAAUAGGAUUUAUUUGGGGACCCCCUCCUGUUCAGCCCAGGUGGUUGGCAGGAACUUUAAAAUACACACCAGGUUUGACACCUGUGGCACUGAAUCCCAGAGGCGCAACAACACGUCUGUCAUCGUCAGCACCCUCUACAUUGAUUUUUCAGUGGGAGACCAGGAAGACAUCCACCAGUACGAGGUGCAGUGUGAGCCAAAGAGGAAGGAAGCCUCAGUGACCCUUAUUGCUGGCCCUGAUCCAUCCAGGCUCAGCCAGGCAGAAAACCUGGUGGAUGCCCAGAAGUGGGAGGGGGAAGCGAUCGAUGCCCGUGAAAUCAAGAGCCAGGACACCAGCGACAUCAUCUUCAUCAGCAUCUGCAUCCUGGCUGGGCUCCUCAUGGUCAUCGCAGUGGUGGGGCUGGUGCUUCUGUAGGAUGCUCUUUCCAGGCUCCAGGGAUUGCAGUCCCAGUCAUGCUCAGGGCAGAAAGGCACCCCAAAAUCCACCCUCGCCUCAGGCUGAACCCUAACACAGCUGCCCAAACAGAGACACAGCUCCCAGGCCCUGAAACUGAGUCUGAACCCAACCUCCACCUUCUCUUAGUGCCUGAAAAAUCUGGGCAAUAGGCAGCCGUUUCCCUUCCCAAUUUGUUUUCCUCUGUUUCAAUCUGUCCAUUUGGCUCAGGAAUGCAAUUCUUGUGCUCCCUAACUCUUCCCGCACCUGCUUCAAUUUGUUUUCCCUGUAGUGCUGCUGCUUUCAGGAAAGAAACGUUGUUUGCCGAUGGCUGCAAA